AUAAGCAGACUCCACCAUGCGGGCCUUCUUCUCACCUCCAAUGCGUGCUGCCAGCCGCCGGCCGCGGGGCCGACUUGUCCGACCAAUGUACCGAUAUCUGAGUCUCUUGCACCCGCCCAAGUUUGAGAAUGAGAAGAUGCUCGACUAUGCCAAAGGCUCGCCGGAGCGGGCUGAGUUGACUCGCACUCUACAAAAGAUGAAGAGUCAAUUCCCCGUUCAGAUCCCGGUUACCAUCAACGGGUCCGCAGUCAAAACGCACCAAUCUUUAAAACAACAAAACCCCUCCCAACACCGCGAAACCAUCGCCGAAUACGCACUGGCAAGCCCCGAGCAAGUCAACGCCGCAGUAGACGCAGCCCUGAAAGCCAAACCCUCCUGGGAAGCCACUCCCUUCGAAGACCGCGCAGCCAUCUUCCUCCGCGCAUCGGAGCUCAUCGCCGGCAAAUACCGCUCAGACAUCGUAGCAGCCACAAUGCUCGGCCAGGGCAAGAACAUCUGGCAAGCAGAGAUCGACGCCGCAGCCGAGACGGUCGAUUUCUUCCGCCACUACAUCCACGAAGCGUGGGCCCUGUUCGCGCAGCAGCCGCGCGUGCAGCCCGCAGGCCAGUGGAAUAAGAUGGAAUACCGUCCGCUGGAGGGAUUCGUGUACGCGAUCGCGCCGUUCAAUUUCACCGCGCUGGGCGCGACGCUCAUCGGGCCGGCGGCGCUGAUGGGUAACGUUGUGAUCUGGAAGCCGUCGGACUCGGCUCUACACGCCAGCUGGCUACUGCAUCAGAUUCUGCUGGAAGCGGGUCUCCCAGACGGCGUGAUCCAGUUCGUCCCGGGCGACGCAGAACAAGUGACGAACACACUACUACAGCGGCGCGAGUUCAGCGCGCUGACAUUCAUCGGGUCCACGCAGACCUUCAAGGGCAUCCAGAAGAAGAUCGGUGACGGCAUCGGCGCAGGUAUCUACGACUCGUACCCGCGCGUCGUAGGCGAAACAGGCGGAAAGAACUUCGGCGUCGUGCACCCCUCGGCUGAGAUCCGGAGCGCCGCGCUGCAUACCAUCCGCGCGGCCUUCGAGUACCAGGGCCAGAAGUGCUCUGCCAAUUCGCGCGUGUACGUCGCGGAGUCGGCAUGGCCGGAGUUCCGGCGGCACCUGGAGGAGCAGAUCGCGCAGCUCACUGUCGGGCCCGUCGAGGAAUACCAGCAUUUUGUGAACCCGGUGAUCCACGAGCGCGCGUUCGACCGGCUGCAGGCGGUGUUGACCGCUGCGGAGCAGGACCCCGAGCUGGAGCUCAUCGCCGGCGGCCAGGCGUCCAAAGACGAAGGCUACUACGUACACCCGACAGUCUACCGGACGAGCAACCCGCAGCACGAGAUCAUGACGCAGGAGCUGUUCGGCCCCGUGCUGGGCGUGUACGUGUAUCCGGACGCGGAGUGGGCGCAGACGUUGGCGCUCGUCGACGGGACGUCGCGGUAUGCGCUGACGGGGAGUGUGUUCUGCAGGGAUCCGUAUGCGUCGCGGCAGGCGCAGACGGCGCUCAAGCAUGCGGCGGGCAUGUUGUAUCUUAAUACGAAGUGUACGGGGUCGACGGUGGCGCAGCAGCCGUUUGGGGGGAGUCGGGACUCGGGGACGAAUGAUAAGACGGGGACGAUGGGGCAUUUGCAGCGGUUUGUGAGUGUGAGGACCGUGAAGGAGGGCUUUUCUGAUGUUGGGCUGGAUAGGGUGGCGUAUGCGUCGAAUGAGGUUUAG